GCUGGCGGCGGUGCGAUGGGGCUGCGCGCGGGAGGAGCGCUGGGUAGGGCCGGGGCGGACCGGGGGGCGCGCGAAGGACCCGGGCCCGGCGGCGGCGCGCAGGGGGGCAGUAUCCACUCGGGUUGCAUCGCCGCUGUGCACAACGUGCCAAUGAGUGUGCUCAUCCGGCCGCUGCCGUCUGUGCUGGACCCGGCCAAGGUACAGAGCCUGGUGGACACGAUCCGGGAGAACCCAGACAGCGUCCCCCCCAUUGAUGUCCUCUGGAUCAAAGGAGCCCAGGGUGGUGACUACUUCUACUCCUUCGGGGGCUGCCACCGUUACGCAGCUUACCAGCAGCUACAGCGAGAGACCAUCCCUGCCAAGCUUGUCCAGUCCACCAUCUCAGACCUAAGGGUGUAUCUGGGAUCCUCCACUCCAGACUUGCAAUAGCAGGCUCUUUGGCACCUGCCACCACUCCUAAGAGCCCAGAAGAAGAUAUACCUGGUUUCCAGUGGGCUGGGCUGUGCAGAAGGUGUAGCAGGGGAGCAUUCUCUUUGCGCCUGGAGGGAGGAGGGUCUGACUCUAACCACCCUCUUUGCUAGCUACAAGACCUUGGACUCACCACUGAAUGGCAGGGGACCCAGUUCCCACUGCUGUGAAAAUGGGUCAUGUCUUUGCUUUUGAGGGAUUAUUAAGAGGAUGAAAUGAGAACGGAAAUGGGUUUGGAGAACCACAUGUGACUGGCUCCAGAUUCCCAAGGACAAGGAUCCUUCUGGAUUUUUGUCUUUGUAUAUCCUAUUAUGUGGAAUACAGUUAGCUGUCAGUAAAGGAAAACCGAGAUUAACAAAGAAA